GUUAGCAUAACUCCCUCGGUAACUCAAACAAGCGGACAGCAUGCCACGGGAAAUCAUCACCUUGCAGCUCGGACAGUGUGGAAACCAAAUUGGGUUUGAGUUCUGGAAACAGUUAUGUGCUGAACAUGGCAUUAGUCCAGAGGGUAUCGUGGAAGAAUUUGCCACCGAAGGCACUGAUCGGAAGGACGUCUUCUUCUAUCAGGCAGAUGAUGAGCACUACAUCCCGCGGGCUGUUCUGUUGGACCUGGAACCGCGAGUCAUUCACUCCAUCCUGAACUCUCCCUACGCCAACCUCUAUAACCCAGAGAACAUCUACCUGUCGGAGCAUGGCGGGGGUGCCGGAAACAACUGGGCCAGCGGCUUCUCUCAGGGUGAAAAAAUUCACGAGGAUAUCUUUGACAUCAUCGACAGAGAAGCGGACGGCAGUGAUAGCUUGGAGGUAAAUGUAAUUCUGCUUGUGUUUCAGGGUUUUGUCCUGUGUCACUCCAUUGCUGGUGGGACGGGGUCCGGUCUGGGGUCUUACCUGCUGGAAAAGCUAAACGAUAGGUAUCCUAAGAAGCUGGUUCAGACAUACUCAGUGUUUCCUAACCAGGAUGAGAUGAGUGACGUGGUGGUUCAGCCGUAUAACUCUCUACUGACGCUGAAGAGGCUCACGCAGAACGCAGACUGUGUGGUGGUGCUGGAUAACACAGCCUUGAACAGAAUCGCAACGGAUCGGCUCCACAUUCAGAACCCAUCCUUCUCUCAGAUCAACCAGCUGGUCUCCACUAUCAUGUCUGCCAGCACGACAACACUUCGUUACCCUGGAUACAUGAACAAUGAUCUUAUUGGUCUGAUUGCCUCACUCAUCCCCACUCCCCGCCUCCAUUUCCUUAUGACUGGCUACACGCCACUGACCACAGAUCAGUCGGUGGCGAGCGUGAGGAAGACCACGGUGCUGGACGUGAUGAGGAGGCUGCUGCAGCCGAAGAACGUGAUGGUGUCGACCGGCCGUGACCGACAGACCAACCACUGCUACAUUGCCAUCCUCAACAUCAUCCAGGGAGAGGUCGACCCCACACAGGUUCAUAAGAGUCUCCAGAGGAUUAGGGAGAGGAAGUUGGCGAAUUUUAUUCCAUGGGGUCCAGCCAGUAUCCAGGUGGCUCUGUCACGGAAGUCUCCCUACCUCCCCUCCGCCCACCGGGUCAGCGGCCUCAUGAUGGCCAAUCACACCAGCAUCUCUUCGUUGUUUGAUAGGACAUGUCGUCAGUACGAUAAGCUGAGGAAACGUGAGGCUUUCCUGGAGCAGUUCCGGAAGGAGGACAUGUUCAAAGACAACUUCGACGAGCUCGACGACUCCCGCGAAGUCGUCCAGCAGCUCAUCAACGAGUACAGCGCCGCAACGCGCCCAGACUACAUCUCCUGGGGUACGCAGGAGCAGUGA